AUGGCAUCCACCUCCGGGGUCGGGUCGUAUUCGAACCCUUUGAAGAAAUUCAAGCUGGUAUUUUUGGGCGAGCAGAGUGUUGGGAAAACCUCGUUGAUCACGCGGUUCAUGUAUGAUUCGUUUGACAACACGUACCAAGCCACCAUUGGAAUCGAUUUCUUGUCAAAGACUAUGUACUUGGAAGAUAGAACCGUUCGCCUUCAACUUUGGGACACGGCCGGUCAAGAGCGAUUCCGUUCCUUAAUCCCUUCCUAUAUCCGCGACUCCAGCGUCGCUGUUGUGGUCUACGACAUCUCCAACGCCAAGUCCUUCCAAAACACUCGAAAGUGGAUUGAUGACGUCCGUGGAGAGCGCGGAAACGAUGUGAUCAUUGUCCUGGUUGGCAACAAGACCGAUUUGAACGACAAGCGCGAGGUCACAACGGCUCAGGGCGAGGAGGAAGCAAAGAAGAACGGCUUAAUGUUUAUCGAGACGAGUGCGAAAGUCGGGCACAACGUGAAGCAGCUCUUCCGGAGAAUAGCGCAAGCACUCCCGGGCAUGGAGGGUGAAGGCAACCGCGGAGACAACCAAAUGAUUGAUGUCAACAUCACCCCGAAAGAGACUACGACCAACGAUGGAUGCGCCUGUUAG